GUCAUCUAUAGAGUACUGGAUCCAGCCAUUCCAAUCCAUGAUCCCUACAGUGCAAAAAUUCAGAAAUGCAACUGCAAUGAACAUUCCCACCGGUGCCACUUCGACAUGGCUGCGUACCUGGCCACGGGCAACGUCAGCGGUGGGGUCUGCGAUCAGUGCCAGCACAACACCAUGGGCCAUCACUGCCAGUUCUGCAAACCAUUCUACUAUAAGGAUCCCACCAAGGAUAUCCGUGAUCCUGGCAUGUGCAGAGCUUGUGACUGUGACCCUGAUGGGACGUUAGACGGCGGAGUGUGUGACACACACGAUGAUCCAAUGCUGAGGCUGAUAGCCGGACAGUGUCGGUGCAAGGAGCACGUGGAGGGAGCCCGCUGUGACAGAUGCAAAUCUGGAUUCUCCGGACUGAGUGCAAAAAACCCACAAGGAUGCCAGCGCUGCCAGUGUGAUCCCCGAGGCACAGUGCAAGAUGGCCCCCAAUGUGAUGCUAUCACAGGCGAUUGCUUCUGCAAACGCUUGGUUUCUGGGCGCAGCUGUAAUCAGUGCCUGCCAGAACAUUGGGCUUUGAGUCUGGAUCUGUAUGGCUGCCGUCCUUGUGAUUGCGAUGUAGGGGGUGCCUACGACAACCAAUGUGCCAGAGAAACAGGACAGUGUCGCUGCCGUAGCCAUAUGGUGGGCCGGCAGUGCAAUCAAGUUCAGACUGGCUAUUAUCGCAUCGUGUUGGAUCACUAUACCUACGAGGCAGAAGAAGCCCGCCUCCACCAGUUUGCAGGAAAAUGGGAAAAAGUGAAGGUGUCUGUGGUGCGACCUGGGCCUGUCCCCAGCGGUAGUCCAUGUGGAAACAUCAUCCCUGCUGAUGACUUGAUAUCUACUGCUCUCUUACCCACAUCCCGGUACAUUGUGCUGUCACAGCCAGUCUGUCUAGAACAAGGAAUCAGGUACACCAUAAGAGUAGAGUUUACCCAUUACGGAGGACGUGAGCAUUUGAAAGGCGCUGCUGUACUAUUGGACUCUUUGGUUCUGGUGCCACGUUACUCCUCCUUGGAGAUGUUCAUUGCCGGGGAUGCCGCCUCUAUUGCUCGCAAAGAGACCUUUGAGCGCUACCGCUGUGCCCAGCAGGCUCACCCCGUGAUUAAGGGGCCCACCCCGGAAGCUUGCGCCAAGUUGCUCACCAGCAUGUCAGCCAUCAUUCACCAGGGGGCACUCCCCUGCCAGUGUGAUCUCCAGGGAUCUCUGAGUCUCGAGUGCAACCCAAGUGGCGGACAGUGUCAGUGCAAGCCUCACGUCAUGGGCCGCCGCUGUGAACGCUGCGCUCCUGGCACCUUCGGCUUUGGGCCUGGGGGAUGCAAGUCAUGCCAGUGCAGCAGCCAAGGGUCCCAGAGCAGCUUUUGUGACAACUUCAGUGGACAGUGUCCUUGCCGGGCAGGUGUUUUUGGGCUUCGCUGCGACCACUGCCAGGCCGGUCACUGGGGCUUCCCAAACUGCCGGCCAUGCCAGUGUAAUGGCCGAGCAGAAGAAUGUGAGCAACGGACAGGCAGCUGUUUGCAUUGCCGGGGCCACACGGAAGGAAAUUGGUGUGAGAGAUGUGUCAGUGGCUACUAUGGGAACCCAGCGCUGUCCUUGGGUGGCCAAUGCCGUCCUUGCCCUUGCCCCGAGGCUCCUGGCUCCGGGCGCAAUUUUGCAGUCACUUGCCAUCAAGACAACCCCUCCGGAACUGUGAGGUGCAGCUGCCUUGGAGGUUAUACAGGCCCGCGCUGUGACGAGUGUGCUCCUGGUUAUUAUGGCAACCCCUGGCAGGUUAGAGGACGAUGCCAGCCCUGCACCUGUAAUAACAACAUUGAUCUGGCAGACCCCAAAUCCUGCGAUCGGCGCACAGGCCAAUGCCUUCGCUGCCUCUACCAUAGCGAGGGAGACCAGUGCCAACACUGCCAAAGGGGUUACUAUGGCGAUGCAACGCAACACACCUGCCGCCGUUGCUCUUGUAACUAUCUGGGUACUGUGCAGAACAAAUGCUCCUCGCAAGACCAGUGCCAAUGUGACCGGCACAGUGGGCAGUGCCAGUGCCUACCCAAUGUCCAAGGACAGAACUGCGACCGUUGUGCCCCCAACUUCUGGAACUUAACCAGUGGGCAGGGCUGCCAACCCUGCGAUUGCCAUUCCUAUUACUCACUGAGCCCCGCUUGUAAUCAG